AUGGCUCGCAAGAUGAGCAUCGACGAGCUGGAGGACCAGCUCCUCUGUCCCAUCUGCUUGGAGGUCUUCAAGGAGCCCCUGAUGCUGCAGUGUGGGCACUCGUACUGCAAGUCCUGCGUGGUGUCACUCUCCGGAGAGCUGGACGGGCAGUUCCUGUGCCCCGUGUGCCGCCAAACAGUGGACUGCAGCGCCUCGCCACCCAACGUCACGCUGGCCCGCGUCAUCGAGGCGCUGCAGAGCCGGGUCGAGGCAGAGCCCACCCCAGAGUCCUGCCCAACGCACCACAACCCCAUCAGCCUCUUCUGUGAGGCCGACCAAGAGGUGAUCUGCGGACUGUGCGGCACCAUCGGCAACCACCGCCAGCACAAGAUCACCCCCAUCUCUACCGCGUACUGUCGGAUGAAGGAGGAGCUGUCUGUGCUGCUGACCGAUGUCCACCAGUACAAGAGGAACCUGGAUGAACACUUCAGCAAGCUCAUCAACAACAAAAGCCGCAUCGCAAACGAGGCGGAUGUCUUCAAGUGGGUGAUCCGGAAGGAAUUCCAGGAGCUGCACAGGUACAUCGACGAGGAGAAGGCCACCUUCCUGGAGAGCAUCGAGGGGAAGGCAGCCCAGCUCAUCACCUCCAUUGAGUCCCAGGUCAAGCAGACGUCAGACGCCCUGCAGAGGCUUAAGGAGAUGCAGACCUCUCUGGAGGCACUCAGCAACGAAAGCCAGCUUGAUUUUAUCCGGAAAUACGGCUCCUCCCAGUUCAG